AUGCGGCUCAGACAUCGCCACGAUUUUGCACAGGUUUCUGCCAACCGGCCCGACUUCGAUCGCUCAGCACCAAUUGCGGUUACAAAAUCGCCAGACUCGACUUGGCGAUAUGGCCAGGGCUUGCGUGUUGACCCGUCCAGUGUGGAUCUAGUGCAUAGAGAAAUUGAUCCCGAUGCACCAAGUCGUGAGAAGUCAGAUAAUUACAACCUGCUCAUCAGUGGCAUUGCACCCCGGCCUAUUGGAUUUAUCAGCACGAAAUCAAAGGACGGCAAGUCAAAGAACUUAGCACCGUUUAGCUAUUUCCAGGUGGUUGAUCAUGAUCCUCCUCUAUUUAUCGUGGGGAUUGGAGCUCGAUCAGAAAAGCUCAAGGAUACUUUACUCAAUUUGAAGGAGAGUGGCGAAUGUGUCAUCAAUACUGUUUCCGAAAACAUGAUUGAGGCUGUCAAUGCAACUUCACUCGACGUCCCCUACGGUGUGUCAGAGUGGGAUGUUUCCGGUCUUCACGAGGCACCAACAACCACAGUCAAACCAUCCAGGGUCCAAGAAUCCGUAUUCUCGAUAGAGGGGAAAGUAGUAGACAUCAGAGAGUUUACUGAAUUUGCGAAGCCGGGAUUGAUGCCGAGCGCGGUUGUGUUUAUUCGGGGCACCAGAUUCUGGGUUAGGGAGGAUGCAAUCAACGACAAGUCAAAUCAUAUUGACCUUGACAAGCUGCGACCUUUGGGUCAGCUCGGAGGUAUGGCAUACGGGCGGAUCACGUCUGUUUUUGACGUCCCAAGGAAGACGUGGAAAGAUGAAAAGGUUGAGAGCGGGGUUCUGAAUAGUCCGGGUCACGAUCACCAAGAGGCGUCAAGCUAG